AUGUCUUUACUUUUCGGAGUUUAUGACUGGUGGAAAAACUCGUCCAUCCACUCACGACCCCCAACUUGGACAACCGACAGUCAUCAACAUCACGUCUUCACAUCCCAAGAAAAAACGGAGCGCGCCAAACGCCGCCCCAGAACUCAAGCACCUGCCAUUGAUACAGCAAAGCCAUGUGUUUUCAAUAUUUCCGUAUGCACGAGAACGGAAACAGACGAUGUGUAUAUCCCCGGUCGACAAGUCGAGUACUUUGUCCAAAAGAAACCACUUCUACAUCGCGUUUUGAGCCACCGAGUCUUGGGCAAAAAUGACCGGCUUUCGAGAUGGGAAUUUCCAUCAAAUUUCGGCCACUGGAGCCGGAAACUCUCCCGGCUUUUUGGUACGUAAGUAACAACAGUGGCGUUAAAAAUUAACAGCUAACAGCUUCGGAACAAUGGCAUACGGCCAGUUGA